CAGACAUUUGGAAGGGCAGAUGCGAAAUUAAACAGGUGGAGCAGGUGCCACUCGUAAGCAUAAGGCAGGCAUGUCCAAAGUGUGACCUGAAGCCAAAAGCAGCCCGGCCCUAGGGACUGAAUUUUAUAUGGACCUCCACACAUUAUUGUUUAAUUAAUUUCUAUCACAUCUAUAUACACAUAUGGCAGCCGGUCGGGCACUUCCUCAUGUUUUUACCACUCUAACGCGUACUUCUGUGUGCGUCUUGUGACUAGAGAGUGAACAUUUUUGUCCAUUAGGGUAUGCCACUGGUGGGAAUUGUCCGAGGAUCCCUGAAGGCAGCAGCAUUGAUUCAAAGCUGAAUUUAAUUAUCUGGUGAUGAGGCAGAGGAUAAACUCUAGUCUUCUCUCUCUGUGCUCAGUGUUGUUUGAACGCUCUCCUGUUUUCAGACAGAUAUGAAGUUGUCAGUGCUUCUGCCUGUGUUUUUAUUCCUCUGCAUUGACAGCAGAGGUUCUGGGAUGUCUCACCCCAAACCUGCCUGCCGUUAUCCUCCAUCUCAGUGGUGUCGAUCACUGGAGAUAGCGAUUGAGUGUAAGGUUCAGAAGCAGUGUAUGGAGGUGAAUGCUACCAGACCAAAGCAAGACGUCCCUCCUGUAUCUUUGACUCUGUACUAUGAGAGUUUGUGUCCAGCCUGCAGAGUCUUCAUCACACAGCAGCUGUUCCCCACCUGGACGAUGCUGCAGGACAUCAUGUCGGUCACUCUGGUGCCCUAUGGAAACGCUAAGGAGAUUCCAUCAGGAAAUUCUCCUUUCACUUGUCAACAUGGAGAACCAGAAUGCAGAGGAAACAUAAUUGAGGCCUGUAUCAUCCAUUUAACAAGACACUCGGCGCUUCACAUCAUCUACUGCAUGGAGUCGGCAGCAAAUGUCCUCAGUGCUGCACAGUCUUGCCUCCAGCUUUACGCUCCCGCCGUCUCCUGGUCAAGUGUAGACUCCUGUGUGACAAACGGACUGGGAGACCGGCUGAUGCACGCCAAUGCUGCCAUGACCCGAGCUCUGAAACCACCUCACACCCACGUCCCCUGGGUCACUUUCAACGGGGAAUACACAGAGGAGAAUGAGGACAUGGCGAUGUCGUCCCUUUUCCACUUGAUCUGUCAACUUUACAAGGGGGUGAAGCCUCCGGCCUGUAAUGGAGCCCGGGUCAGACUAGAUCGAAGUUUCUGCUGAACACAACCGUAAAACCUCUGUACACUUACCGCCUGCAAGAGAACAGCAGAUUAUAUUACAUAUACAGGACAAUAUACCAAAUAACACCAUUAAAAACAUGUUCAGUUUUA